AUGCCCUCCUCCUGCAAAGAACUGCGAGCCGCCCUCGCCGCCUGCCUGCAGCAGUCCGACUGCAUCCUCGUCGAGCACCACAAACCGCUGGACUGCCUCUCGCCGCCGCUGGUGCACACCCUCCCCGAACAGUGCCAGCAGCUCAAGCGCGGCUUCCGCGACUGCAAGAAGGGCAUGGUCGACAUGCGCAAGCGCUUCCGCGGCCAUCAGCCCAUCUCGGCGUCGACGGAGCUGGAGGGCGGGAACGAUGGGAAUCUACUGCAGCCGGAGUACGUGCUGGUGGGAGGGCAGAAGGUCGAGGGCGUGAGGAAGCCGAGGCAGCUGUAUGGCGGGAAGCCGGCGUUUGAGGCUGUGCCGGAGGGGGAGAGGGGGAGGGGCGAUGAGAAGGGGUUGGGCUUUGAUGCGGAUAAGACGAGGGGGCUGUGA